AGAGCAGCAAUGUCCCCAGGACCCUGAUUAUCUAAUCGACAGUAUUCCCAGCUUAUCUUUAUUUGUCUCUAAACGCAUAUGUUUAAUAGUUUAAUCAUUCGACAAAGACAAGCCAGUAGUAAAAAUUCACACCAAAUAAUCAAGAACUCUUGUCGUGUUUAUCAUGUUUACCAUGUUUACAGUCACAAACGAUAUGUGUAAUAUGUGUUGCACAAACUGUUACCAACAUGAUACUGUUAUGUAUUUAUGUUCAAUGUAUGCGUCAAUCGUGUGUCUCGUUUGCUGUAAUAUUUCAGCAUGCAUUUGCAAAUGUAAACAUGAUGUUUGGCAAGCAAGUCUAAAGAUCAUGCCAACGAUGAAACAUUUAUGCCCAUAAAAAUAUUGAUGGCCCAUGAAGUUUAUGUUGGUAUUACUGCAAACAUGACACAACUGGAUGUGAAUGUUAGAAAUACAACUUAACCAUAUCCUUUGUUAUAUGGUCAUGAUGCAGGGUGAAAACACCUCUGAUGUUUGGUAGGUCUCAAGCCAUGUUUUUGUGGGAUCAGGACAUUUUCAGUAGUUUUAGCUACCGGAAACAUGAAUUUUUGUUCAGGCCUCCCAAUUCAUUAACAGUCUGAAGGAAUAUUAACAUAAAAGGCAUACAUUGUCUUUCAGCCUGUUAUUUAUGACAAUGUGGCUGAAAGAAAGGUGCUGCUGCCCUGAGUGAGCGAAGAGCAAUAAUGAGUAACAAGCGGUCCCACAUCGACAUCGACCCAGAUUACGAAGAUGUCACAGACCAGCAGGCAAAGCGACAAAGAGUUCUGGAAAAAGAUGCCAAGGAAGCAGCCAUUAGGAAGAUUGAGAGCAUCAUUAGGGCCCAGUUUGAGGCGGAGAUUCGACAUAAGGAGGCAGAGAUCAGUGUUGCAGAUCAGCGUUUGAACCAGUCCCGCCUUGUUGUGGACCGACUGCGGGCAUGCAUUGUGGCCUGUCACUAUUCCUCCUCAAUCCCAGGAUCCAAGGACAAGUCGCAGCCCCCGUCUAUCCAUCCCACUGUCAAGGCCAGGCUUGGGAAGGCCCCUGCCACAGUCACCAGCAGCGCCGCCCAUGAUGGGGAGCGGGAAACAGGAACAGAUGUCAGGCCGCAGGAUCAACUGAUGGGGAAUGAGGAAGCGCCUGCAGGAGCUGACGCCUCCUCAUCUGACAAGCAAGUGCAGCCUGUCCCCCCAUCUGUUCUGCUCUCCCCUGACAAGAUUGUGGAUACCAGGGGCGCACGCUUCAAGAUCAAGAAGAAAAUCAUUGUCGGAAAUAUCUCAAAAUUCAUCCCGCUGGAGCACCGGGAAGUCAACGACCAGUCAACACACAAGUGGAUGGUGUAUGUACGUGGACCGAAGGACAAGCCAAACAUUGACACCUUUGUGAAGAAAGUGUGGUUCUUCCUGCAUCCCAGCUACAAGCCAAAUGAUCUGGUGGAAAUAACACAGCCCCCAUACCACUUGACUCGCCGGGGCUGGGGGGAGUUCCCUGUCCGUGUCCAGCUUCACUUCCACGACACUCGCAACAAGCGGGUUGAUGUCAUCCACAACCUGAAGCUGGACAAGACAUGUACUGGUCUACAGACUCUUGGUUCUGAAACAAUUGUGGAGAUUGAGUUGGAAAGAGAGACUCCACAAAGCGAAAUUCCUCUGCCAUUGUCAUCGGACUCAGGCAGUCUCCAUAACAAGGGAGAUAACUGCAGUGAUAAUGCGAAUACCACAAUUGAAAAUCAGCCUGAUAAUAGUGUGUUUAGUACAGGUGAUGGACUGAGGACUGAAGUUUCCAUGGAAACUGAUACUGAGAAUAGUGUCAAAUCUAACUCGGUGAAGACAGAGAUGGGGAAUACAAACGGAAAUGAGGACAAUUGUAUUCAAAAUGGUGCUCAAGAUUUGAAUAGUCCUCACAAUCUCAAGGUCAAUGGUAAAGCUGCCAUGGUACCCAAAAGCAAUAUUACAACAAACAAUACUCCCAAAGUCAUUCAUUUAAAAACUAAGGGUCUUUUACACAGUGACCUUAUCACAAGUCCAAAGGGAAAAGAUAAUCAUUCCAAGGUGUCUCCUACCUCGGCCGAGCUGGUUCCUCAGCCUGGUGUUAUGUACAUGAGGUGCAAGGACCAGCAGGGCAACCUCCUGCUCCUCCCGUACAAGCUGGGCCCCACUCACGGACCCGGCACACCCGAACCAGACCCCAGUGCCUUGAACAAGUCACCUGCUACACCUACCUCAACUCCUGCAAAGACGUCCGGGUCUGUGUCUAUACCUCAACCUAAUGCAAUAACUCCUUCCACAAAGACCACAAAUCUGGUCCUAAAGGUCACACCAACAGGGUUAAAGCUGGUUCCGGCAGAGAGUGAGUCCAGUACCACAUCAGUUGCCAAGCCAACUCAUAUCCUCCAAGGGUCUGAAGUCAGUGGGAAACCGAAACUGAAGUCUUUACUUAAUGCUGGUUCUUUCGUCCCAAAUACAAACUCAGUACUUCAACAGAAGGGGGCUGGAGGAGUGAAGCCAGGUAUUCUUAAACCCUCCAAUAUAGCUGUGAACUCGUUAUUGUCCAAAUCUCAACUAAAUCUCAAACUCUCCAACCAGACUGUGCCAAAUCCAACCUCUAAAAUGCCUCCGCCUCCCUCAGAUACCAAAUCAAACCAGUCCCUUGUUUUAGCAAAUAUUGGUGACAGACAGAUUUUGUUGAAGGUCAUACCAGGGGCAGAUAAUCAGGUUCUCCUUGUGCCAAAUCAACCCUCAUGUACACAGCAAACCAGUCAGCCCACAGGGACUGCCAAAACUCCGACAAUUCAGCCGCAGAAGUCACUUCUGGCAUCAACUUUGACAAAUCCUGCAACACAACACAUGGGACAGAAGUCUCUGACUUUCUCUUUCGGAUCAUCUCCGUUUAGCAUGCAAUCAGCUCACCAGAAAGCAGAUGCUACACAUUCAGCCAAGCAAAAACAAUGCUCAAGUUUUGACCCUGAGAAGAAAAUUCAUGUGUGGAAGAAGAAAAUUCGAGAUUUGGCUGGAUUUAGUGAAGAAAUUCUGCCUUUGAGACUGUUGGACUAUCCGGAUCUGUUGUCGAUUAUACGAGCAGCAGUUCGAAGGCAUCCUGUUGUCCGUGAAGUUGUGGACCGCAGUCUGCACCCUUACUGUGCGCAGUCCUCAGAGGAGUGGCUCAGUUGGAAUGUUGGCAAGAGGCGGGCGUCAGAGUGGCAGAGGGCUGCAUCUGUCAGGACCUUCAUUUUGGACCAUCUAAAGGAGGAGAGUUCCUUCAAAGGGGAACAACUCUGGACCACAAAACAGAUCAUGACUUGGUGUCGUCUUCAUGCCUUCAGCCCUCACCAUCUAGAAAAUACAGGACAAGUAGACGGUGUCCCAAAUACGUCGGUGUCUGAGUCGAUGUCACAAAAACAUACCCCCGAGACCCCGGCCACACAGCCACUGACCAGCCUGUCUGACCAUGAGCCGUACCUUGACAAGGUGGACAUGCUGCUGGAACAGGUGGCACCCUCUGACGACAGUGAAGAAAGUGACCUUGACAUUGUGUCUGUUGAUCUGCCAAGGGUGAAAUUAAAAGAAGAACCUCCUGUUGAACGUGAGAGUCACCAUGGCAACAGUGAGGUCAUUCCCCCGAGUGAUGAAGCUGUGUUUGUACAAGAUAUUGCUCAACAGAUUGGAGUGAGGUUCCAGCCAGCUCAGAUUCAACCUGGUGUGGCAGCUUCAGUUGUAGAAGACACCAUGUAUACUGUGAUGUCAAGACUGGCUGAGGAUAUUGUGAGAGAAACUUUCUCAGUUGCAAACUUGGAAUCCAAUAGCACCGUGGAAGAGCUGUCAGCAGGCAAUGUAUUUAAGGCCCUAAACAACAUGGCACUCACCGAUUUUCUCACUAACAAGCAUCUUGGUAUCCAUGACAACACAGCACCACCAUCUGGAGUGAGGUGACAGGAACUGUUGCAAUAAUGGAAAUUCUUCACCAGUUUGGAUGUAAAGAUUUGUUUGCAUUUGAAUAUUGUACAGGGCGAAAGUUAAACUGUGAUUCUAAACAAAAAUGUUAUACGAUAUAUGCAGUCGUUAUGCUAAAGGAAAUAGGAGUUAGAGGUGAAAUGAUACAUCAGGGCACCGUUUUCUUUUGAACCCGCUCUAAAAUAUUAUUUGUCAAGAAGUUUCCUGGCAAUUUGACGUAAAUAUGCAUAUUGCAAUACAUAUCGUAUCGUGACCCAUGUAUCGUGAUACUUAUGAUAUCGUGACCUUGCUGUAUCGAUUCACGCCUAAUUGGAACUAUUUUCACCAUACUCACACCUUGAUACAUGAAAAUGUGUAAGUUUGAAAAAAGGUCUAGACUAUCAGUGGAAAUCCUGCAUGACCGCAUGCUUAAAAGACAAAGCAUCUUUUCUCCCCAAGGUACCACACACUAUAUGUAACAGUGAAAUUUGACUGUUGAAACUAUACCUGGAUUAUAACUUAUUCAAUCUCAUUAAAAUCAGAUCUUAGUUCUCGCUAUCGUUAAACAAAGAUCUGAGGACAUCCCUUUAGGGAUCACAUCAGAGCGACCUUUCAUCCGACCAAUCAGAGCGUCGCUUACU